GGGUUUCAGCGCAAAUCACUAAUCACUCGCAAAGCAAACUCACAUGACCCGCUUUGAUUAGCACAGGGAAAAACCAUUCCUCUUUCCUUCUGGCCCGUGACUCCCAACAGAAAAUAACAAAGCAAUACAGGGAAGCCAAGAAACAGAGCAGAAGAAAUCACAAGAGCAAGAGAUAUGACUCUGGGUCUCAUCAAUGCCAACCCGGUGGUUCACGCUAAGAAGGAAAGGGUCGCCCGCACCGAAGAUCUUCACUGCGAUGACUUUGUGGAUCCACUUGAAAUCUAUGAUUUUGUGAGGGAUAUAAGAGAUCCAGAGCAUCCAUAUUCAUUGGAACAGCUCAGUGUUCUCUCAGAGGAAUCGAUCACUGUUGAUGACAAGCUCGGCCGUAUUCUGAUUACGUUUACUCCAACCAUCCAACAUUGCAGCAUGGCAACAGUUAUUGGUCUUUGCCUUAGAGUUAAAUUACAAGAAUGUUUCCCUCCCCAUUAUAAGGUUGAUAUUAAAGUUUCUCCUGGAUCUCAUGCUGAUGAAGAAUCAGUGAAUAAGCAGUUGAACGAUAAAGAAAGAGUUGCUGCUGCCCUAGAGAAUCCGAAUCUGCGCCAACUUGUGGAUGAGUGCCUUUACUCGAAUGAACUUUGAUCAAGCAUUUGCCUACCUUCAGCAGCUGUAUAUAGAAUUUUGUUGUUGUUGUUGUUGUUGUUGAAUGCUAUAAAUGACUCUUGCUUCACAAAAUUGAUCUGCUGCAUUUAAUUUA